AUGGUUAGGUUAUCCACUGUUUGGUUAGAGGAGGAUUUGAGCGAUGGCCAGGACUCAACUUUGGUGAUUGCUGCGGUCACCGUGAGGAGUAAUAACGGGGUGGAUCGGAGAAUGGACCGAAACAAGAGCCGUACCGAUCUACUCGCAGCUGGCAAGAAAAGGCUCCAACAGUUUCGUCAGAAGAAGGACAAUAAAGGUGGUAGUAGCCACGGAAGAUCAUCACAUAAAGCUGGUAAACCUCAGCUAGCUGAUUCUGAUGCUGCAAAUAAUGCCUCAAUUUCAACGGUAUCAUCUCAAAUAACUGAUGGAAAUGUUGAAGCUGACAGUCACUCCUAUGUGGUUAAUACAGAAACAUCAGAGUCACAGUCUAUAGCAAACUCAUUAGCUCCUGACAAUAUUGAUCCAUCUGUUGAUUCAUUGUCAGUUGUCACUAGAUAUGCUACAGGUGAUGAAGCUGUAUUGGAUUCUAAUGCUGAGCUAGUACAUCAGGUUCAUGGGGUCCCUGAGGAAGAUAAUGAGUUAUCUGCCCAAGUUCAAGAGAAAAUCGCUCAAGACAUGGGUGCUGACAUGCCAGAGGAUGUAUGUCUGAGAACUUCAGAUAGCCUGGUUCCCGAAGGAGGAGAAACACAUGAUCAUUCAUCUACACCUGUUGCCAUUUUGUCCCCGCCUACAUCUAUUACAACUGCAGUGGGUGAAUCCUAUUCAGUAGGAGAGGAUGAAAAGGGGGAAGAUUUGUUGCUUUUAUCAGAGGAUAUUCCCAAUAUAUCUGUGAUGCGAACAAGGGAAGAUCAGGUAACAGAUUUAGGGGCAAUGCAGGAGGCUGAUGGUUUGGUCAUGAAGAAAUUUUGUCAAAGCACUGAUGGGGUGAAUGAUGGUCAAAGGGAGCUGUGUUUGUCCGAGGUUGGCAAGAGGGACCAGUCUCUUUCAGGAAUUCCUUUUGAGAAAACUAUAAUUGAGAAGGCAUCUCAUGAAGCUGAGCAACUGGGCAAGUCAAUUGAAUUACUCUCUUCUCACAAGGACAUUGUGUCAGAUAAGCUUUCAGGUUUUGAUAAAGGCCAGGGAGAUGAUAUUGCAACUGCAGGGACUUUAGUGAGGAAUCUGGAGAGGGAAGCAUUACCAGGCUCAUAUCAUGAAGAAAUUCUCCUUCAAUCUAAUCAAGAACAGAAUAGCAAAGCAGUUAUUUGUGAACAGGAUCGGGGGCUUCAGGAUGGGUUUUAUCAUCAAUGCUCUCAUGUUGGACUUGCAAUUGAGGAUCCAAAGUCAAGGGGAGCUCAUGAGUUUGAUCCAGCCAGACAGUUGGAUGUGCCAUCUGUUUUUGAUGCAAAAUCAAUUAAUCUCUUGCAGCUGGCUGAAAUUAUAAGGGGGCUUAAUGAAGAAGAGUGUCAGUUUCUGAUCAAGGUAAGAGGAGCAGAGUCUAAUUUGGAUCCUUUAGCCAGUGGUUCAGUUUUAGCUGACAUAUCAGAAGCAUUUCAGAGUCUCAAAGAAGAAUUGUUUCUUGCGAAUUUAAUGAAAAAUAUAUUUAAUGCUCAACUAGCUGAACUACUGGAACCUGACAACCAGGGUCACCAAGUUGUUGAUGAAAUAUCUCAGCUCCGUGCUUCUCACAAUGAAGUUAAUGAGAAAAAUCAAUACCUUAGUGAAGAACUUGAUAAUUGCCGUGUUGAACUACAUGAUAUAUCUAGCAAGAAUGUGGAACUACAAAAUCAAUUUAAUGCUGCCAUGGCUGAGGUGGAAGCCCUUUCUGCCAGAGUGUCUGAGCUGCAGAGUAGUUUUGAUAUGUCUCAAAAGGAUUCAUGGGAAUUGUCCACAGAGUUGGCUGACUGCAGAGGCUUGCUCUCAAGUUUACAGGUGGAAAAGAAGGGCAUGCAUGAAACGCUUGAUUUUAUGAUUGCUGAGAAAAAUAAACUUGUGGAGGAGAAGGAAUUUCAUCUAUCUGAAAGUAAGAAUCUGGCAACUGAAGUAGCUGACUUAAAUUGUUCGAUGGAUGGAGUAAAACUUGAGAAGUCCAGCUUAAAUGACAGGAUCUCUUCUCUGACCGAAGAGAGGAAUAAGAUUGAAGGAGAAAUUGAGCAUCUCAAACAUGAGAUUGACAGGCUGUCAUUAGAUUUGGUUGAAAAUAAAGAUUUGGUGGCAAGUCUACUGGCAGAAAAUUCCAACAUAAAUGGGAACCUUGCAAUUUCAGCUGAUAAGAUUAAAAAUCUUGAAGAUGAGAAUCAAAGGCUCUCUUCUCAAAUUAUUGGCCUAAAUGAUCAAUUGUCCACAGAAAAGGGGGAACAAAUGAGGCUUGAAAGUGACCUUAAAGAAGCCACUGUGCGUUUGGAACAAAUUUCCAAAGAAAAUGUCUUUCUCAAUAACACUUUGGAUAAGCAUAAGGCCAUGAUAGAAGACACUGGAAGGGAACACAGCCACCCGCUAUCUCAACCUAGGGAACUUUGUAAUCUAGCCAAUGUUGUACGUGAACAAAGUAAGGGUGUUGAAAUUGCAAUUACUGAAGAUUCUCAACAUAUGGAUCAGGAGCCAGAGGAAGGUACACCAGUGGGGCCAUAUUUGAAUAAACUUGAACAUGAAAUAUUUGAUGAUUCUCUUGGAUUUGUCUCAUUGAAGGAUUGCCUGGACAAGGCAGAGAAUGGUUUGGUGAAGCUUGAAAAAGCAAUUAUUGAGUUGCAUUCUCAAUCAGUAUCCUCCAGCAGGUCUGGUGAAAAAGUUUCAUCACCUGUGGUAUCCAAAUUAAUACUGGCUUUUGAAUCAAAAGUACAUGAAGAUGAGCAUGAGGGGGAAACAAGGGAUUCCAGUUAUGUUCAGUCAUUGUCAAACUCAUUUAUUAAGUUGACCAAUGAUGAAAUUCAAAAUUUGAAAAAAUUGCUUUCAAAGUGGAAGCUGGAUGUUGAGAUUGCGGGUGCAUUAUUCAAGGAGGAGCGAGAAGGUCGGAAAACUGGUGAUGCAAAGUACAGCGAUCUGAAGGACCAGUUUGACCAAUUGAAGCAACAUUGCUCAGAUUUGGAAGCAUCCAACAUUGAACUUGAUGUUCAAUAUGAAACUGCAAAGCAACUUCUCAGUGAUAUUCAAGAAAAGAAAUUUCUUCUUGAGGAAAUCUGUGAUUCUUUGAAACAAGAAGAUAUCCGUCUAAAAGCCAAAAAUAAUGAACUUUAUGAGAAGCUUGGAUAUUGCCAAUCAAAAAUUAGUGAAUUGCAUACUGAAAUGAAUGAUGUGAAACAACUUUCAAAUUAUAUGGCUUCUAGUGUUGGCAGUCAACUGGAAGGUUUGCAGAAGGAGGUGACAGAGAGGGCAAUGCUACUUGAGCAAGGCUGGAAUAUGACUGUGGCCCAAAUUGUUGAGUUAGUUGGGAAGCUGAAAGAAUCGGUUGGUGGAACUUUGUGCACAACUCUCUCUUCUGAUACUCAUGGUUACCUGGAUAUCUGCCAUCAGUUAGAAGUUUCAUUUCAUGCAGCUGCUGAAAUGAUUUUUGAUCUGCGGAAGAAACUUGAAGCUGCUUAUUCAGAACAUGAAAUAAUGUGCACAUCAUAUAAAGAAAUGGAUGUAAAAUGUGAUGAUCUGCUUGGGAGGAAUGAACUGGCUCUUAGUUUAUUGCAUAAGAUGUACAGUGACCUGACGAAACUUGUACUCGGUAAUGGUGGGAUUAUGGAUGAUGAUAAUAUAGAUGUACAAAGUGAAGCGCUGCCAGAUCUGCUGAACUAUAAAAGCUAUCAGCCCAUCUUGAAACAUAUUGGGAAUAUAUUGAUGGAGAAUCUUGAACUUGAGUCUGUUACCAAGGAGAUGAAGUCAGAAUUGAUGCACAGGGAGACAGAAUUGGAAGAAUUGAAGAUGAAGUGCCUUGAUUUGGAUUCUGUUAGUAAGCUAAUAGAUGAUCUGGCAGGUGUGCUGAAUGCAGAUAUUUCAAAGCUUGAUAUGAAUAAGUCACCCGUUUCGUGCUUAGAUUCAUUAGUGUCUAGUCUUAUACAGAAAACCAGAGAGGCUGAAAUCCAGUAUCACACUACUAAAGAAGGAUAUGGAUCUAAGGAGACAGAAUUGGACGAAUUGAAGGAAAAAAUGCAUUAUCUAGACACACUUCGUCUUGAGAAUGAAAAUGAAAUCCUUGUUCUGAAGGAAAGCUUAUAUCAGGCUGAGGAAGCUCUUGCGGUUGCUUGUUCUGAAUUACAAAAAAAAUCAAAUGAACUUGAGCAUUCCGAACAGCGGGUGUCCUCCAUUCGAGAGAAACUUAGCAUAGCUGUUGCCAAGGGGAAAGGGCUGGUCGUACAGCGAGAUGGCCUCAAGCAGUCAUUGGCAGAGACAUCCAGUGAAUUGGAGAGAUGCUUGCAAGAAUUGCAGUUGAAAGAUACUAGACUUCAUGAGGUUGAAACAAAACUUAAGACAUAUGCAGAGGCUGGUGAGCGUGUGGAAGCUCUGGAAUCUGAACUUUCUUAUAUCCGUAAUUCAUCUAAUGCCUUGAGAGAGUCGUUUCUUCUUAAAGAUUCCAUGCUUCAGAGAAUAGAAGAGAUAUUGGAAGUCUUAGAUCUUCCAGAGCAGUUUCAUUCAAGAGAUACAAUUGAUAAGAUUGAUUGGUUGGCUAGUUCAGUUUCUGGAAACUCAUUGCCAAUGAAUGAUUGGGAACAGAAGGAUGCUGUGGGAGGAGGAUCGUACGCCGAUGCUGGUUAUGUUGUCACAGAUUCGUGGAAAGAUGAUAGUCAGCUACACCCAGACUCAGAUGAUUUUAGAAAAAACUUUGAGGAGUUGCAGAGUAAGUAUUAUGGGUUGGCUGAGCAAAAUGAAAUGCUUGAGCAAUCAUUGAUGGAAAGAAACAGCUUAGUUCAGAGAUGGGAAGAGCUUGUAAAUAGUGUUGAAAUGCCUUCACAUUUGCAGUCUAUGGAGACAGAGGAUAAAAUUGAAUGUAUAUGUGCAGCACUUACUGAGGCGAAUCAUCAUAUAGAUGCUCUGCAACUGAAGAUUGAAAACUAUGAUAGUUAUUGUGGAUCGCUAAAUACCGAUCUGGAAGAGUCUCAAAGGAUAGCAUCUGCCCUUCAAGAUGACCUUAGUGCUCUUACAUCUGAGAGAGGGCACCUUUCUGAAAAAAUGGAGUCUUUGUUGCAUGAGUAUGACAAAUUAUCAUUGCAAACAAGGGAGGCUGAACUUGAGAAUGAAAACCUGCAUAAGGAAAUAACUAGUUUGAAGGACAAAUUGGAACAAAAAACUGCAAUUGAAGAACAAAUUUUCACUAUUGAUGGAAAAAUCAGAAAGUUGCAGGCCUUGGUUGGUGAUGCCUUGUCAGAAUCUGAAACACAAAAUAUGGUGUUUGGUAAUGCAAAUGUUGAUUCCUUGGAAGAAUUGCUGGGAAAGCUUGUAGAAAAGCUGAACAUGGAACGAAAAUUAUCUGCACUGACAAGAGAAACUGAACUUGAGAAUGAAAAGCUAUAUAAUGAAAUAGCUAAUUUGAAGGGUCAAUUAGAACAGAAAACUGCCUCUGAAGAACAAAUUUUCACUAUUGAUGGUAAGAUCAGAAAAUUGCAUGGUUUAGUUGGUGAUGCCUUGUCAGAAUCUGAAACACAAAAUAUGGUGUUUGGUAAUGCAAACAUUGAUUCCUUGGAUGAAUUGCUGGGAAAGCUUGUGGAAAAGCUGAACAUGGAACAGAAAUUAUCCGCACUGACAAGAGAAACUGAACUUGAGAAUGAAAAGCUAUAUAAUGAAAUAGCUAAUUUGAAGGGUCAAUUAGAACAGAAAACUGACUUUGAAGAACAAAUUUUCACCAUUGAUGGUAAGAUCAGAAAAUUGCAUGGUUUAGUUGGUGAUGCCUUGUCAGAAUCUGGAACACAAAAUAUGGUGUUUAGUAAUGCAAGUAUUGAUUCCUUGGAAGAAUUGCUGGGAAAGCUUGUAGAAAAGCUGAACAUGGAACGGAAAUUAUCCGCACUGACUAGAGAAACUGAACUUGAGAAUGAAAAGCUAUAUAAUGAAAUAGCUAAUUUGAAGGGUCAAUUAGAACAGAAAACUGUCUUUGAAGAACAAAUUUUCACCAUUGAUGGUAAGAUCAGAAAAUUGCAUGGUUUAGCUGGUGAUGCCUUGUCAGAAUCUGAAACACAAAAUAUUGUGUUUGGUAAAGCAAGUAUUGAUUCCUUGGAAGAAUUGCUGGGAAAGCUUGUGGAAAAGCUGAACAAAGAACAGAAAUUAUCCGCACUGACAAGAGAAACUGAACUUGAGAAUGAAAAGCUAUAUAAUGAAAUAGCUAAUUUGAAGGGUCAAUUAGAACAGAAAACUGUCUUUGAAGGACAAAUUUUCACCAUUGAUGGUAAGAUCAGAAAAUUGCAUGGUUUAGUUGGUGAUGCCUUAUCAGAAUCUGAAACACAAAAUAUGGUGUUUGGUAAUGCAAAUAUUGAUUCCUUGGAAGAAUUGCUGGGAAAGCUUCUAGAAAAGCUGAACAUGGAACAGAAAUUAUCUGCACUGACAAGAGAAUCUGAACUUGAGAAUGAAAAACAGAAGACUGCCUUUGAAGAACAAAUUUUCACCAUUGAUGGUAAGAUCAGAAAAUUGCAUGGUUUAGUUGGUGAUGCCUUGUCAGAAUCUAUAACAGAAAAUCUGGUUUCUCGUAGUGCAAAUAUUGAUUCCUUGGAAGAAUUGCUGCGAAAGCUUAUAGAAAAUCAUUCAAAUCUUUCAUCAACGAAUCCUGCAUAUGGGGUUGUAGGUGAUGGAUUCCAUUCACAAGAAGAUGGUGGUACACUUCAUGAAGAAAGAAGUAUAGCUGUGCAUGAUAAGGAGACAGAUAUUGAUGGAUAUAAAAUAGAUCUGGAGAAGUCUUUGGAUGAAUUGAUGCAUGUGAAGGAGGAGAGAGAUAGAUCUUUGGAAAAACAAAUAUCUUUAUCUGGUGAAGUUGAAGCUAUGACUAAAAGAAUUGAGGAGUUGCAAGGGCUUCUUAAUCAGGAGGAGCUGAAAUCAGCUUCUGUGAGAGAGAAAUUAAACAUUGCAGUUAGGAAAGGGAAGUCAUUGGUUCAGCAACGAGACAGUCUAAAACAAACCAUUGAAGAGAUGACUGUUGAAAUGGAGCACUUGAAAUCUGAGAUCAGCAACCGCGAAAACACUCUUGCGGAGCGUGAACAGAUGUUAAGACAGUUGUCAUCCUACCCAGAUAGGUUAGAAGCACUUGAAUCUGAGAGUUUGCUUCUGAAGAAACAUUUGAAAGAAACUGAGCACCAUUUGCAGGAGCAAGAAUGUUCUUUAAAACAGAUUUUGAACAUGUUAGGUCAGAUUGAGGUUGGUGGUGAAGGUCACAUACGUGAUCCGGUGAAGAAGUUGGAAUGGGUUGGGAAAUUAUGCUCUGAUCUACAUAAUUCUGUGGGAUCUUUAGAACAAGAAUCUAGGAAGUCUAAAAGAGCAUCAGAACUCCUAUUGGCAGAGUUAAAUGAGGUUCAAGAAAGGAAUGAUAGUUUUCAGGAGGAGCUCGCCAAGGUGACUGCUGAACUUGUGGAUGUCAGAAAAGAAAGGGAUUCAGCUGAAGCUUCCAAACUGGAAAUGCUUGCACGUCUUGAAAAGUUAUCAGCCUUGCAUGAGGAGGGAAAAAAGAGCCAUUUUUCUGACAUCAUGGAAUUAAAGUCUAGUCUGAACCUAGGCCGCAAAAGCUUUGGUGAGGUUCACAAUUUACUGUGCAAUGUUUUUUUCUUUCAUUUGGAAUCUUGUCAGAAACUGGAGGCUGGUCUUGAGUCAUGUAUGAAAGGAAACAAUGCUACAAAUAUGGUGGAUUCAUCCAUUAGCAAAGAGCACUUGGCAUCUUCUAAUAAGAAGAUCUCUGUGCCUGCAGAUCAUUGGGAAGAUUUUGACACAAUUGAUCAAUGCGAUGAUGAUACUUCAGUUGAAAAUCUUCGUUUAUUUGGUCAUCAACUGCACGAGUUCAUGGUAAAGAUUAGUUCUCUUAAGGAAAGAAUAAGCAUGCACUCAAGUUUGUCACAGGAGAAAGACAAAGCUCUAUCCAAACUAAUGGCAAGUAUUCAAAGGGAAAUGAUUUCCCGAAAGGAGUUGUGUGAAACCAUGAAGAAAGCAGUAAGUAAGCAGGAUGAGAAACUUGUUGCAUUACGUGGAAACAUUGCCUACCUUUAUGAAGCAUGCAAUAAAUUUGCCAUUGUACUUGAAAAUGAAAAAGCUGAACUAUCCGGGAAGAAUGUUGAAUCUUUAGAUCUUGGGAUUAACUUGGAAACUCCUUCAUUUGAUGAUGACAUAUCUGAGGAGUGUAUUAAAACCAUGACAAAUAGAUUGUUGUUGGCUGUGAAAGGGUUUACUAGUAUUAAAACUGAAUUUUUAGAUGCUAAUCAAAAGGAAAUGAAGGCUACUAUAGCGAAUUUGCAGAGGGAGCUUCAGGAGAAGGAUGUUCAAAAAGAUAGGAUUUGCUCAGAUCUGGUAAAACAGAUCAAGGACGCUGAAGCUGCUGCAAACAGUUACUCUCAAGAUCUUCAAGUUUUUAGGAUGCAAGAAUAUAAUUUAAAGAAAGAGGUGGAAGCCAUUGAGGCAGAAAGGGAGAUACUGGUACAGAGAGUGAAUGAGCUGCAGGAUAGGCAAGAAACCGCAGCUGAAUUAGAGGAGAAAAUGAGCUCUCAGACUGGUUUACUGGCUGCCAAAGACCAAGAAAUUGAAGCACUAAUGCAUGCCCUCGAUGAGGAAGAAACACAAAUGGAAGAAUUGACAAAUAAGGUUGUGGAUCUUGAAAAGGUUGUUCAACAAAAGAAUCAAGAGAUUGAGAACCUUGAAUCUUCUCGUGGUAAGGUUAUAAAAAAACUUUCAAUAACUGUCAGCAAGUUUGAUGAGCUUCACCACCUGUCGGCAAGUCUCCUUUCUGAGGUUGAAAAGCUCCAAUCCCAGUUGCAAGAAAGAGAUACUGAAAUUUCAUUCUUGAGACAGGAGGUUACCAGAUGCACUAAUGAUGCUCUUCUUGCAUCACAAAUGAGCAACCAGAGAAGUUCUGAUGAGAUGUUUGAGUUCUUGAUGUGGGUUGAUAUGGUUGUGUCUCAUGCUGGGGUGCAUGAUAUACAUCCUGACAUGAGGAACAAUAGUCAAGUUCAUGAAUGCAAGGAAAUACUUCAUAAGAAGCUUAUGUCUUUAUUAUCAGAAUUGGAAAAGCUAAGGCAAGUUGUAGAAAACAAGGACGUGAUGUUGCAAGUAGAAAGGAUUAAGGUAGACGAAUUGAAUCACAAAACAGAAACUCUUGAGAUGUCCUUAAACGAGAAAGAAUUGCAAUUGAAUUUGCUUGAAGGUGUGGAAGACACUGGAAAGGAAGCUGGCACAAGCUCAGAAAUUGUGGAGGUGGAACCAUUGAUGAACCAUUGGUCGCCAUCAGGUGCUUUUGUAUCACCUCAAGUACGCAGUUUGCGCAAAGGCAACAGUGAUCAUAUUGCCAUUGCUGUAGAUGUAGACCCUGGUAGUACUAGUAGGAUAGAAGAUGAAGAGGAUGACAAAGACCAUGGUUUCAAAUCCCUCACCUCAUCCAGAAUUGUCCCAAAAUUCACUAGACCUUUGACUGACUUGGUGGAUGGCUUAUGGGUUUCUUGUGAUCGGGCUCUAAUGAGACAACCCGUCUUACGGCUUGGAAUUAUAUUCUAUUGGGCCAUAAUGCACGCACUACUUGCCUUUUUUGUUGUUUGA